AUGACAAAAGACAUUAAUCACAGCCUUCACUAUGGAGCUUAAAUUAGCCCUAACCUAAGAUUAAAUCGAUACCAAAGAUCAAUCACAAACAACCCUGGAGUAGGCUAUUACUCUCCCAAUCUUUAAAGCAUUUACUCAAACCCAAAAAUUACUCGAUUAAGAAGCGUCACUAAAAUACCAACUCUCCAUGAAUUCUCUAAUGAUAAGAUAAAUAUCCAAAAAAGCCAUAAAAAAAACUCUCAGAAAUAUACAAUAUUGGAAAUGCUUCUGAAAGAGGUCGAUGAAGAGGUGGACUAGGAUAUGAGAGACAAUCCAAAAUGUGUUAAAACUCCUCUCUAACUUUAACCAUUAAAUGACAACUUUAUCGAAUAAUUAAAGCACAUCAAGGCCAACUUGCAAAAAGUGUUAAGGAAGAAAUUAUGA